CGGCGCAAGAUGAACCCGUUAACGAAAGUGAAGCUGAUCAACGAGCUGAACGAGCGCGAAGCCCAGCUUGGGGUGGCGGAGAAGGUGUCCUGGCACUCCCAGUACAAGGACAGCGCCUGGAUCUUCUUGGGAGGACUUCCUUAUGAAUUGACUGAAGGGGACAUCAUCUGUGUCUUCUCCCAAUACGGCGAGGUUGUUAACAUAAAUCUGGUACGGGACCAGAAGACUGGGAAAUCCAAAGGAUUCUGUUUCCUUUGCUAUGAAGACCAGCGGAGCACGAUUCUGGCUGUUGACGAUUUCAAUGGCAUUAAGAUCAAAGGGAGAACUAUUCGAGUGGAUCAUGUGUCUAACUAUCGGGUUCCUAAGGACUCAGAUGAUUUGGAUGAUGUGACUAAGCAGCUUCAGGAAAAAGGCUGUGAGAAUCCCAUGCCUUCAGUCAGUUUAUCUGAGGACUCUGAAGAUGACAAACCUGCCAAGAAACACAAAAAAGACAAAAAGGAAAAAAAGAAAAAAAAGAAAGACAAAGAGAAGACCAACCAGGAAGUACAGCCCAAGCUACCAGUCUCCUCUUCAUCACCCAGAAGGAAGACGUUAAAGGAAAAGGAUGCCUCAGAUUCUAAAAAGCUCAGCAGCAAGAACUCUGAGAUGGGCCUGAAGUUUGAGUCCAGGGAGGGGCGUAUGCAGUGCCACAGCUCCCCUGAGGUCAGGACAAACAGCCGCUCUGGCGCAGAGGCCCGAGAUAGGGAGCCCAGAAAAGAGCAGGCCAGGCAUGAACACAGGUCCUCAAGUAGGAAGGAGGCAAGGGAUGAAAAGAACAGGGAUAGGGACAAAGAUCGAAGUUCAGACACUUGCAUUGACUGGCACAGUGGGCCUUUUGAAAGGAAUAGUCGUAGGAGUAGGAGUCAGAGCCGAGAUACGUCUCAUAGGCAUAAAAGUUCUUGGCACUCCCGGGACCGGGGAUCCCCCAAUUCUAGAGACCGGAGGCAUCACUGAUGCUCCAGCUUGUUGUGCUGCUUGUUAAGAACUGGUCAGGAACUUGUUAGUUCUCUGUGUGUGUUGGGUCAUACCUGCAGAUGCUCAUGGCUUAUUCCUGGCUCUGCUCAG